CUGUGCACCGCGCUGCUCCAGCUGCCCUGUCCUAUCUCUUUAAAUGAGACAGAGCUGCUCUGCUCCGCUCGGCGUGUGCGCGUGUGCGUGUGUGGAGGAGACGUUACGAGAAAGAGAGGGCCACUCUGUUGUGGAGGAGGACUAGGGCGAUCGAAAACACAACAGAGAGGAUCUUUUGCUUCGAUUUUGAGUGCUUUUCUUUUUUUUUUGUUGCAGAGGAGGCUCUGCAUCGCUUUCUCUCUUCCUUUUGACUCGUUCUGAUUUUGGACCCGGGGCGCUCCUCUUGUAUAUAUGGGCUCGGCAGGCGCAUCUAUCGCCUCCCGAUAGGACAUAACGGGCAGGGCUGCCUUCUAAUCAUUAUUUAUUUCGCUCGCUCUCUCUCUCUCUCUCUCUGCGCGCCGCAACGUUGGGAGAAACGCGAUCGAGAGGAAGCGAUAACGGUGCUGAUCAUGGAUUAAUGCCCGAGUGAAUUUCCAUCUGAGAGGUUCCCAAUGUUGAACAUGUCCACCCCCAGCGAGCUGAAGUCAUCCUGCGUGACUCGCAAUGGCAUGGUGAAGUUGCCCCCCAGCCAGCCCAAUGGUCUGGGCAGUGCGAGCAUCACCAAGGGGACACCUGCUGCCAAGAACCGUCUGUGCCAGUCCUCCUCGGUACCCUCCAUCCUGCCUCCUCCGCCGUCCUCCCUUCCCUACCACCUCCACCACCACCUGGAAGGCCCUGGCAUGCCCAACUCAGCAGCCUCUCUCUUGGGCUCUGACAUGGAGCCUGGAAAUCCUCUUGUGGGCUUGAAGUCGUCCCUUCGUCAGCUUCCCCCUCUCACUCUACCCAAACCCAUGCUGCUCGAGCGCCAGCAAGUCCUGGAUGAGAAGCUGCUCAACCGAUUGCUCUGGUACUUCACCACAGCUGAAAAAUGUGUACUGGCGCAGGUAUGCAAGACAUGGCGCAAGGUGCUGUACCAGCCUAAGUUCUGGGAGGCUGUGACACCCAUCUUGCAUGCCAAGGAGCUAUAUACCCUGCUGCCCAAUGGGGAGAAGGAGUUUGUCAGUCUGCAGGCCUUCGCCCUGCGUGGCUUCCAGUGUUUUUGCCUAGUGGGCGUCUCAGACCUGGACAUUUGUGAGUUCAUCGACAACUACCCGCUGUCCAAGAAAGGUGUUCGCUCAGUCAGUCUCAAGAGGUCCACCAUCACAGAUGCCGGUUUGGAGGUCAUGUUGGAGCAAAUGCAAGGCCUGAUGCACCUCGAACUGUCGGGCUGCAACGACUUCACAGAGGCUGGCCUGUGGUCCAGUCUGAACGCCCGGCUCACUUCCCUCAGCGUCAGCGACUGCAUCAACGUGGCGGACGACGCCAUCGCUGCUAUCUCACAGCUCCUGCCCAACCUAUCGGAGUUGAGCCUGCAGGCCUACCACGUCACUGACACGGCCAUGGCCUACUUCACAGCCAAACAGGGCUACACCACCCACACUCUGCGGCUUCACUCCUGCUGGGAAAUCACAAAUCACGGUGUGGUCAACAUGGUGCACAGCCUCCCCAACCUGACUGCCCUCAGCCUCUCCGGCUGCUCCAAGAUCACAGACGAUGGUGUGGAGCUGGUAGCUGAGAACCUGCGUAAGCUCCGCAGCCUGGACUUGUCCUGGUGCCCUCGGAUCACUGACAUGGCCCUGGAAUACAUUGCCUGUGACCUGCAUAAACUGGAAGAACUGGUGUUGGACAGGUGUGUGCGGAUCACAGACACUGGGUUGGGCUACUUGUCCACCAUGUCAUCAUUAAGGAGCCUCUAUCUGCGCUGGUGCUGUCAGGUACAGGAUUUUGGUCUGCAGCAUUUGUUUGGAAUGAGGAGUCUUCGCCUACUGUCUCUUGCAGGCUGCCCCCUGCUGACCACCACCGGCCUGUCAGGCCUCAUCCAGCUGCAGGAGCUGGAGGAGCUGGAGCUGACCAAUUGCCCCGGAGCCACCGCCGAGCUCUUCAAAUAUUACUCGCAGCACCUGCCCCACUGCAUGGUCAUCGAGUAAAGACCGCUGAGCCAGCCACCCACCCAACGACCGACCGACCGACCGCCAUACUUCUAACCUUCCUCCUCCUUACUCUUCCUCAGUCUUUUUCUCAAAUUGCUAGCCGGGAGACUGAAUGCUCCGACCGUACCACACCCUUCCUCAUCACCUGCCUCCCCCCCCCCCGCCUUUCCCCUCCACACCCCAUUGAGUAGUCUGACCCACAGGCGGACAGCGAGGCAGGAAGGCAGACGAUGGUUACGCGCCACGCCCAGAGGAUGAUGGGAUGGCAUUCGAGCUUCAUUUAAGAAGGACGCCCGGAGGGAAGAGCUUGGUGUGACGUCUUGUCCGACAGCAAGUUCCUUUUUGAGAAUCAACAAAAGCUUUUUUUCUUUUUUUUUGGUUUACGGAGCGGAGCUUCUCUAAAGACUUUGAUGAUUUAAAUUUUUUUUUUUUUUAGGUGAAUGGAUACCGAGGGGAGUGACAUGCACAUAUCCAGAAGAAUUAGGAAAAGGGAAUUUUGUGCUUGAGCUGAUAUAGUGGAACUCAGACAUGCGCUCAUACACUGUAAACACACUCACACGCAUACUGUAUAUGGUAAGUGAAGUCCUCAAGACCAUGAGUACUGAUGUUUCUAUUUCCAUCACUCGGUGUAAUAUAACGCUGUUAUUGUUUUUCUCAGACGGUAUCAAAAGGUUCCGUUUUCUCUUGUUUAGAGAGAGACACCAUAUGCCAGCUGGAGAAACAGGACUCAGAGAGAACUAAAAAGACGUGAAUGACAGGGACGGAACUUCUCUCUCUCUCUCUCUCUCUCUCUCUCUCUCUCUCUUUUUUCUCCCUCGCUCCCUCUGUGUGUGAAGUGUCUGUCAUGGACUCACAGGUUCCCGUCUUUUUGGGAUACUGCCACCUUUUUCCAUUUCCGUGUCUUAUCAGGAAUACAAAAAAAAAGGGAGAAAAUUUGAAAAACA